UCCACGCCAGUUGUCUCAAAAAAAAAAAAGUUCCACGCCACACCUCACCUCACCUCGCCGCCGCGUACCCAAACCCUCGCCGGCGGGGACGGGAGCACCUCAAACGGGCUCCCUCGCCGUCACUCGCUUCUAGCCCGGUUGACCGCCUUCUCUCCCCACGGCAAUGGCGGACGACUGCAAGGACAUCAGCAGGCUUCUGAAUCCAGCGGACAAGCUCACCGAAGACCUCCUCAUCGAGAUCCUGUCGCGCGUGCCGUACAAGUCGCUGUGCCGGUUCAAGUGCGUCUCCAAGCGGUGGCGCGGCAUCAUCUCCCACCCCGACCACCGCAAGGCGCUGCCGCAGCACCAUCUCCAUGACCUCGCCGGAUUCCUCUACUCGAGCCGCAGCCCUGACUAUUUAUUGAUUCGCAAUUUCACCCAUGUCUCCACGGGAGGCCGCCCUCCUAUCGCUAUCGACCCUUCGCUCGCCUUCCUGCCCGACUGUGACAGGUUCCACCUUCUGGACAGCUGCAACGGCCUACUCCUCUGCAGCCGCUUCGAGACCGCUGAUUCGCAGGCAUUUGAUUACGUCGUGUGCAAUCCUGCCACGGAGAAAUGGGUUGCCUUGCCAUUGCCGGGCUUCUUCAGCAAGAUACAGACAGCUCGCCUGGGGUUCGACCCGGCCGUCUCCUCGCACUUCCAUGUGUUCCAGUUCCUGAAGGACGGGGAUGGCCACGUCAAAGGGGUUGAGAUCUACUCGUCCAAAACCGGCGUCUGGAGUCACAAGGACAGCGGUUGGGGCUUCCCGGCUAGAUUAACGAGUUUAAGUGCCUUUGGCAAUGGUUUUCUUUAUUUUGUUGCCAUCUGGUCUGCGGUGGUGGCAGUGGAUGUGGAGGGAACUGCUUGGAGGGUUAUUCCUAUGCCAUGCAAUCCGUUUGGCCCUGAAAUAGAUCUUGCUGUCGGGUUCACUGAUCCGUCUCAAGGGCGUUUGUAUUUAGCAAAUAUUGAUCAUCAUGAUGGUCACAGACUAUUGAUCUGGGUUCUUGAGGACUACGGCAGUGAAGUGUGGGUCUUGAAGCACAGCAUUAGUCCUUUUGAUCUACUUGGAGAGAAGUAUGUACAUCGGGGAAUCAGGUUUCACAUUGUCGCCCACCACCCGCGACGAAACAUGAUUUUCUUUGUUUAUGGGCAUGACAAAGAACUCGUGUCUUAUGAAAUGGAUAGUGGAAAAGUGCAGUUCAUCGGCGUUCUUGGAAAUGGUUCCAUGGGACCCUACCUUCCUUAUGUUCCCUUGUACUCGGAGGAAUUGGCAGAUUGGAACUGAUACUCUGGCUUGCAUAUCGCCGUUCCAUUGUCGACCUUUCAGAUAAUGUUGAAACAUAGGUCCCUUUGUAAUAUCAGCAGCUAUCCGGUUUGAUCCUUCUGAUGUUGUGUUACUCCUCUUUUGUUGUUGGGUGUACUCUGUAACCUCACUUUAUGGGGCUAACUGUUCCCGUUAACUUAGUAGUGCUAGCUGCUUGUCUUGUGUAAACAUAUACUAUGUGUUUAUGGUUGGUAGCAGCAUACGGGCAGCAGACUUUGCUAUUUAAAAUUUACGGAGCUACCAUUUAUUUGUACCA